AUGGCGUUCAUUCGUAUUCUUCUUCUUUCCUUUCUCGAGGCGAGCGAUACCUAUUUCCCCCUGCUGCAACCUAGAGUUUCAGGUUUUUUAUUCCCUAUCAAGCCAGCCACCUUUUUCUUUUCUUCUAUAAUUUCCUUUUCUUCUGAGCAUACACUGUACGCGGCACAUUCGGAGAGGUUCCUUCGCGUGUCUCGGGGAGUUUUUCUCCUGUUUUGA